GUCACAGAAACUACUUCUACCAAAAUGGAGUCUUGGUUCUUCCGCUUGAUAUUAGUCCUAAUGAUUAUAAUGGCCGCUGCCAGGAAAAUAGAUUAUUUAACUCAUCAGAGAAGAAAAGCCAUUUGCUUACAACCCGUUGAUUACGGGAAAUGCCGCGUUGGUGUUAGUGCCUGGUAUUACAACCACAGCGAGUUAAGGUGUAAGAAGUUUAUUUAUCGGGUUUGUGGGGGUAACUUGAAUCGUUUCUACACAAAGAAGGAGUGCGAACAAGUUUGUAAACAUCAUUGGAUUACUACUCCUACCUCUCAGUAUGCCACUGAAUAAGCAGCCUUAUAUAAAUAUUAUUAAUCUUUUAUUUUAAAUUAAAAAACCCG